UAUCCACCCGGUCAGAUUAUAGAGUAACACAGAUUGGCAGUCAUGUCGGCGCUGAAGUCAGAACGUCUAAUGUUAGACUAGUCAAGUUUCUGUUUGAAAGAACUUAAUCUAAAUUUUUGAUGGUUAGAGUAAAUAGAAUUUGGAGUAAUGUGUUGAAGAAAAGCGAGGUGUUCGUUUCAGUAUCGAUUUAUUUUUAAGUUGUUUGUUUGAGCCAUGGCAUCACUCUCAGAGGAGGUGCUGCUGGUGGUGAAAAAGGUUCGCCAGAGAAAGCAGGAUGGCACACUUUAUCUGAUGGCUGAACGUAUAGCCUGGAGCCCAGAGGGUAAAGACCGCUUCACAGUCAGCCACUUGUAUGCAGAUAUUCGCUGUCAGAAGAUAAGUCCAGAUGGUAAAGCCAAAAUUCAGCUCCAGCUGGUCCUUCACACCGGUGACAGUACCACAUUCCACUUUGCCAAUGAUAGCACAGCACUGAAAGACAGAGAGGCUGCUAAAGAACUACUGCAGCAGCUACUGCCCAAGUUUAAAAAGAAAGCAAACAAGGAACUGGAAGAGAAAAACAGGAUGCUUCAAGAAGACCCAGUGCUUUUUCAGUUAUAUAAAGAUCUCGUGGUGAGCCAAGUGAUCAGUGCUGAUGAAUUCUGGGCCAACCGCUUCGGAGACUUAAACAACUCAGACCUCGCACCAAACAGCACCAAACAAGAAGUCGGUAUAUCUGGAGCCUUUUUGGCAGACAUCAGACCUCAGACCGAUGGCUGCAAUGGCUUGAGAUAUAAUCUCACAGCUGACAUCAUUGAAUCCAUCUUCAGAACAUACCCUGCAGUGAAACAGAAGUAUAGUGAAAAUGUGCCUCAUAAUCUGACGGAGAAGGAGUUCUGGACUCGCUUUGUCCAGUCCCAUUAUUUUCACCGAGACCGCAUCAACACAGGAACACAGGAUAUUUUCUCAGAGUGUGCAAAGCAGGAUGAAAAAGGCUUAAGGUCUAUGGUGGUUCAAGGGGUAAAGAAUCCUUUGGUCGACCUCCUGUCUUUAGAGGAUAAAACACUGGAUGAGGGUUAUGGUAUUGCGGACAACUCUCGCCACAACUUCCUCCGCCAACAGGUCGGUGAAGGAGGCAGCAAUGCGGCUAUUAUAAAAAGGUUCAAUCAUCACAGUGCUAUGGUGCUCGCAGCAGGCUCACGCAAGGGGGAAACGCCAACUGACCAAGCAAGUGAGACCAGCAGUACAGACGGAAACUCGAGGGAUUCUGACUUCUUUCAGCCUCCAGACAAAGAAGGUGAGAUGAUGGUGAAGUUACAAGAAGCCAUUGAAUAUGAAGACCUGCAAAGGGAAAACAGACCAAAAACAGUUGCGUUAAACCUCAAAAAAUCUGACAGGUAUGCUCACGGUCCUGUGCCACUUCAGUCCCAGCAGUAUUCAACAAGCCAAGAUAUCAUCAACUCUGUCAACUACAUCCGGCACGAGAUGGUCAACUACAAACCCAACCUCACUCAGGUGUUGUCCAGCACUGCUGCUACUUCUGCCAUUGCAGCACUUUCUCCUGGAGGCGUCCUGAUGCAGGCAGGAGCACAACAAGCCAUAAAUCAGAUGGUACCUACUGAUGUUCAAGGAGAGUUGAAGCAUCUUUAUGCAGCUGCUGGAGAGUUAUUGAGACAUUUCUGGACCUGUUUUCCUGUAAACACGCCGUUUUUAGAGGAGAAGGUGAUGAAGAUGAAGUCAAACCGUGAGAGAUUUCAGAUGACCAAGCUUCGUCCUUUUCAGGAGAAGAUUCAGCGUCAGUACUUAAGUACAAAUCUCACAGGCCAUUUGGAGGAGAUGCUGCAGACAGCCUACAACAAGUUCCACAUCUGGCAAACCCGUCGCAUGUGAGGAAACCCUGAAGUCUGACGAUUUGUCAAAGACGAGGAAGACAUUUAAGUAUUUGGACACAGAGCCUGUGAAUGCUCUCCGGACUGCUGUGUAGAGACCACAGCUGAAGAGUCAUGGGUCAAAGUGGGCUAAAUGUGGAUAUAGAUGGAUGCUGCUACAUCCCCAACUGUUCAACAGAGACCUAGCUGCAUCUCAGUCACAGAUAACUGUAAUUAGUUUAUUUCUCAUUUGUUUUCACUAUGGUUGGGAGAUGCUGCCGGUUAAAUGGAACUUUUAAAGUGUUGUAAUAUGACCAAAAUUCAGAUGGAAGAUCAGAAAAGAUACUCAGGACAAGAGGAUUUGAUUUGAUGCAACAGAGAGCUGCCAACAUGCGUUUCAGUGUUCCACAUUGAACAGGAAGAGCGCUUGGAUUUACAAGGAGCCUCUUUUGAGCACUGGGUCCAUUUGUGGAGCUAAGGGGAAGUGAAUAUAGCAAUAUUGUAAAGACAUUUCACACUCGAGUGCAUUAGUGUGUGUGGCUCUAAUCACACUGUCACUGGUUUGUAAUGUCUGCACCCUCUGUCUGCACUGAAGAUAAAAUGUUAUUCUGACUUAUAGUGAGAAUUAAAGCUUUUGCUUAUGUCUAAUAAAACUUGAGUAUUUCAGGAUUUCAACCUA